GGUUCACUUGACUGGAAGUUUUGAAAUUUUGGAGCAAAACAAAUUAUUUAUUUUUUUUUCGUGUUCCAAGUUCGAAGAGUAUUUUCUUGUCCUAAAAAAAAAGAAAAGAAAAGAAAAGAGAGAGAGAGAGAGAGAGAGAGAGAGAGAGAGAGAGAGGAAACAAACGAUUAAUAAUUUCAAUUACAGUGUACCGGAAGAAAAAGACUUUCGUGAUAAACAAUUAUGACGAUUAGCACAAUCAAGUGAUCUCUUAAUAAAUUAUUUCCUUAUCGUCUAUAUAAUUGUCCAAAAUAUUUAUAUCGUUGUAAAGUGAGAAAAAUGAAGAAUCGCUUAAGACUUUUCAUCAUUUUCUACGUGUUUCUUGGAAUUUCUACUGAGAAAUCAAUUGAUUAUGCAGAUACUGUGAUUCCGAGUUAUCGGACCAGAAGUUUACCAGAUAUCGUGGAGAAUCCGCAUACAAAUUGGACGACUUUAACCGAGGCUUUGGAUAUUUUCAGUGGUCGUAAUCUCGUAAAAAACUGGGUUGAAGGAAGAUAUCCGGUUGGUGAACAAUGUAGCAAAGAUAUAAGCAGGUAUAUCGAGGGUUUGAAGAGACAGGAAUUAUGGGCACUCAAGGUCGACGAUGCCUCGGGUAGAUACACUAAUGGCUUCUUCUGGGGUAAUUCAUACUUCACUGGAUCAGCGACUGAAUGUCAAUACAUCGGUCAAAAUUAUGUACGAAAAAAUGAAAAACCUACAUCUACAUCUACAAUAGAUGAAGUACAAGAAUUUAAUACAGAACCGCAUAAAAAAGGAAACCUUGGUUUGAGUGGUACUAAUCUCUUAACACAGACCUUCAUAGAUCAACCACCCUAUCCAUUAGGUUUCUAUAUUAUGAGAGUUUCUAUAAAUACAACCUUAUCGCCCACGACAAGACUGAUUCAUAUCGGAGUUUGUUUACCAUUUUCUUGUACUUCGGCUGACGUAGCCGUUCUAGCAAAACUUGCAGCCAGCGAUAUCGCUGGUAAAAAUUCAGUCAUUGAAAAAAUCAGAGAUCAGCAUAAUUUAUACGACAUGUAUUCUGAUCCUGUCUAUUGGAUUCUCUUUGGAGUCACAACUGUAGUGUUGGUUCUUAUGAUAGCUGGUUCUGGAUAUGAUUUAUAUUUAACUCGAAUGGUUGCUCGUAAAAAGAAUAUGAUUUACGAUUUGGAGAAACAUGGAAAGCUUGAUCAACUUAGUAAUGGAAAUCCAAAGACAUUAAAUGAAUUUCUAGGUAUGGUCUACCUUCCUGUUCUAGCAGAUACAGUUCCCAAUGGGUCCACAGCAGUCAAUAACAAUAAUGAUCAUGAGGGUACUUUGCAAUCACCCAAUGAAGGAAUAUAUAAACUUAGUGUUCUUGAAGAGUUACUAUUAUCGUUUUCUGUUCCUUCCAAUUUAAAAGUUAUCUGCGAUUCUAACGUUGGAGGAGAUACGAUCAGUACCAUUCACGGGCUCAGAGCAAUAUCAAUGGCUUGGGUCAUACUUGGACACACUUGUAUAGUGGUUUUUAAAUACUCUGAUAACAUGGAAUAUCGAAAAGUUGUGGAAAGAAAAUUUCUUUUUCAAACAAUUACGAAUGGAGCUUUCAGUGUGGAUACCUUUUUCUUCAUGGGUGGUUUACUCGUUAGUUUUCUAUACUUCAGAACCAAUGCUAAAGGAGAUUUGAAUAAACUCACUCAGGGCACAAAAGGUUUUGUUGCUGGAUCAUUGAAAUUCAUUGGGUUACUUGUCUAUAGAUUUUGUAGGCUUACAGCGCCGUAUAUGUUUAUUCUGGGUGUAGUUGAGAUUUCUAUGAAAUGGUUUUAUUUCAAUUCUGUCUUUGAACCUCCCACAGCUGAUCAUUAUAAUUGCCCUAAUUACUGGUGGAGAAAUUUACUUUACAUCAACACUCUGUUUCCUGUAGACCAAAUGUGUAUGCCUUGGAGUUGGUAUGUUGCAGAUGAUACACAGUUCUAUAUUGUUGGUGGAGUAAUAUUAGUAUUAGCUACAAAUCACUUUAAGAUUGCAGCAUCUGCUGUUAUAACUUUAUUAGUGAGCUCUUGGUUAACAACAGGGUACAUUGCUCUUGCUAACAAUCAUAUGCCAAGUUCGGAUGACCCACUGGCUCUCUUUGAUAAAAUUUAUGAUAAACCAUGGACUAGAUUAGGACCAUAUUUAAUUGGAAUGUCAGUAGGAUAUUUUCUUUUCAAGACUGAUUGUAAAGUGAAAAUGUCAAAGGCCAUAGUGGUUAUAGGGUGGUUACUUUCUUCUGCAUGUCUUUUAAGUUUACUAUAUGGCUUAUAUGAAGCUGAACUUGCUCCUGUGACUGCUGCUGCUUAUUCCUCAUUGAGCCACAGUGCUUGGGCACUUGGUUUAGCAUGGAUUAUUAUUGCAUGUAGUACAGGAUAUGGAGGAUAUAUAAACAAAAUUUUAUCAGCACCUGUUCUAUAUCCAUUCAGUAGAGUGACUUAUUGUGCUUAUCUAAUUCAUCCAAUAAUUAUUAGACUGACUGCUAUGAAUUUAGAUUCACCUUUCCAUUUGGGUAAAGAUACAGUGAUGAUAACUUUCUUAGGACAAUUGAUUUUGUCCUAUGUCCUAUCAUUCAUUGUAUCAGUUAGUUUUGAAGCUCCUGUGGUAAGCAUGUUAAAAAUUCUUGCACCAAAAAAAAGAAAACGCAUACAAUAAGACUAAAAC